UAUUUGAUUUAUCCAGAAUACACGAAACAUUUACAACUGUGACGUCUACCAGUGGAUGCAAGAUUCAACCUAACCAAUAUUGAAUGUGCUCACUCUCAGAGGAAGGUGCAGCAUGGAUGACUCUGCUGAGGAAGGCCUCAGCUUUGAAGACGAUAUCUUACUGCAGGAUGACCCUUACGAGGACGGCUGUAUCUGUGCUCCUGACCUGACCACUGAGGACUAUGUCCGAGUGACCCAGCUUUACUACGAUGGCGUGGGUAUGCAAUAUAAAGAUUAUGCCCAAAGUGAGAAAAAUUUAGAAUAUGACAUCUGCAAUAUAUGGUGCAGCAAGCCACUGUCUAUCUUACAAGAUUACUGUGAUACUAUUAAGCUGUACAUCUUCUGGCCACUUCUUUUUCAACAUCAGCACAGUUCUGUGAUAUCGAGAUUGCAUCCCUGUGUAGAAGCCAUCCGUUCUCGUGCUGCUGAGAUAAGUUUGAAGAAAUUACAGCAUCUUGAGUUGAUGGAAGACAUUGUGGAUUUGGCAAAGAAAGUUGCAAAUGAUUCAUUCCUUAUUGAAGGCUUGUUGAGAAUUGGUUAUAAAAUAGAAAAUAAAAUCUUGGCAAUGGAAGAAGCUUUAAAUUGGAUAAAAUACACAGGUGAUGUAACGAUUCUACCGAAAUUAGGAUCAGUUGACAGUUGCUGGCCCAUGUUAAGUAUUUUCUUUACUGAAUAUAAGUAUCAUAUUACUAAGGUUGUAACUGAAAACUGCAACUUACUUGAAGAAUUUAGAAGGCACAGUUGUAUGCAGUGUGUGAAGCAAGGAGAACUGAUGAAAAUGAGAGGAAACGAGGAGUUUUCCAAACAAAGAUUUGAAUUAGCUGUUAUUUAUUACACCAGAGCCAUUGAAUAUAGACCUGAAAACCAUCUUCUUUAUGGUAACCGAGCUCUCUGUUUUCUUCGUAUGGGACAGUUUAGAACACAUUCUCAUGGUAGAAAAUUUGGAAAAUACAAGAGUUUAAAAAGAAGAAAAUAAGUAUCACCAGUAAUCCCAGCAUCUUGGAGAAUACCACUGUAUUAACGUUAUGCAGCUGUUAGAUGGCUUAAGCCGUGGAUAAUCCGAGGCUAGACUAGAGGAAUGGAUGGCUUGACAGUCUGCCACCAGUACCACUGUUCUCACCUGGUUCUGACAAGAAAUGAGCUGCAAAUGUCUAGGUUAUUGUUUCUGGCUAGGUCAAGAGUUAACAGAUAAUCGGAACUGUUUGAAGGUGAAUUUGUGUGUGUUCAAGAUGAGAUAAAUAGGUUUCUGACUUGGCUAGUCUCUUGUGAAAACUGAGAUGUCUAACUGAAAUUUUGCCAGGCUGAGGGUCAUCUGCUCUCCAGCCCUGAGAGCUGAGAGGCCAGCCAGGCUGAUUGUCCUCUCUGAGGACUUGAGGGAGAGACCCGUGAGGAGGAUCUUCCUCAACCCUACUGCACAAAGAGGUGACGGUGGCCAAGCCUCCAGCUAGCAUGAGGGGAAGGCUGAGACUAGGACAGGGCACCCGUGUGUGUGCCCUGCUAAUGUUGUGAGAACGUGGCAGCUUGGUGUAUGGCAGUCGCUGGCUUGCAUCAGGCAGUCGCCAGCACGUCCCUGCUGCUUUGACAUACAGAACUGUGCUCACAGUUUUGCCUCCUACCUUCUCACACAUUGCUAACGUGGCCUGUGCCUGGUAGCCGUGAGCUUUCCUGGCCUUUUUCCUCCUGAUGCAGUGACUAGAGCUGCUCAUGGUUGAGAUGUCUGUGGGCAGCGUUCUAGCUCUGAGAACAACUUUUAACAGCUGGGUUACCAAGGCUGACACACUGUGCAGUUCUCACAUCCCAUGGAUGCCAGUGAGACCUGUCAUGGGAAUCUGGCAGUCAGCUGCAGGGACAGCUGGAGAGAACGUGCCCACCCACUAAGCCUGGGGGACAGUGUUGACCCCAGUCGCUCACAAGGCCAGACUGCCUCCUUGUUAUAAAAGCAGGAACUGAAGUAUAAAGGUACUGAAGUGGAAAAUGAUAAAAGGCUUGAAUGAAUGUUAAAAUGCAUAAGUGAUUAUAAGAUUCUUUAAUUCUAAAAUAUUAGAAAAUGAAAAAUUACAUUAAAAAAAAAAAAAACUCCAGCGAGACUACACUCCUAAAAAAUCCUUCACAGCCAUGGGAGGUAGUUGCUGCUGUCUCUUUCAGAUGAGAAAACAGGUACAGUGAGGCCCAGCAGGGCCCAGGAAUGCUUAGAUAAGUGUGAUGUGUCCAGAGGUUGAGUCCAGUUUACCUGGAUGUGGUUUCUGUUGUGAACACUUGGAAGGUAACACCGUACAAUGGCAGUGUGAACGCCGGAAAGAUCUUAAAUGAACCCAGUAGUCACACAUUUAUGAGGACCUGCGUACCCUUACGUAACAUGCAGAUUAAAAACUACAAGUUUCUCUUUCAUACCCAUCAGAUUGGCAAAAGCUUAAAACCUUCGUAAAUAUCAAGUAUUUGAGGAUGUGGAGCAAAGGAAACUUUGGUGCUCGGCUGGAGAAGGUGUAAGUGUGUCCAGUCACUGUGGCGAGCAGUCUGAGAAGGUGAAGAGAUGCACACUCUGCAGGCCACGCCUAGGGUCAGCCCUUCCCAGCUGUCAGACGUGUACCCACGAAGACACGUGCAAGCCUCCACGUAGCAUUGUGUAAAGAUGUGCAAACCACAUAAAUGUCUAUCAGCAGGGGAAUGGAUAAAUGAAUUGUGCUGUGUUCACACAAAGACGUUUCAAAUAGUGCCUAACAUGCGUGCAAUGUUGAGUGUCAAGCAAGUUGCAGAGUGUUUGUACAGUGUGAUGCCAUUUAUAUACUGUUAAAGACAUACAAAACAAUGUGUACAUUCAUAUUAAUAUGAAAUAUGAAUUGCAAGACUUAAAAAUGUGUGGGCAUUUUAUAAACCAAAUGAGUGGCUAUCUCUGGGGAGAGAAGGAGGGAAAAGGGGUUUGAGAUGGGAGAGUUGGCACACAGUGGGUGUCAACUCUAACAAACCUGCAAAUAAAAAGCUGCAGUAAUUAUGGCAAAAUGUUAUUUUCUUGCUAAGUUGGUACAUGCGUGUUCAUGCUGUGUUCUCUGAAUUGUAUGUACUUGAAAUACUUGACAAAAAGUAAAGCAAGUAUUAUCUAAAACACACAUAGAAGGAAAAAGAAAGCAGUGAAACAUCGAGGUUAGCCUGAGAAAUGAUCUUGAAGAGAGAAACACCGUCAUGUUAUGGUUAGUGGUGCAAAGAAGAAAGCCAGAGUUAGAGGCGUGUGGGCUGGGAAACAUGCUCCUCCUGAAGUGAUCAAGGAGUCUGAUGGUUGUAAUCUGAAAUAAACACUCGCUCAGAGGGCUCUGUGAGAGGCCCUGGGGCCUGAGAGCCAUGUGCACUCCCUUGGGCCGGAUGUGGUGCUUGUAAGAUGGAGAGCUGGGUCUUUCCUGCUGUUUCAUCUUUGCCCUCGCAACCCGGAGUCUGAGGGUACUCUAUGAACCCCAGGGCGCUCCUGGCUUGGAUGAGAGUCUUCGUUGUUUUGGUCUGGUAGAGGCAUACUUUUCAGUACAGUUUGUAACAGUAGUCAUUAAUACGGUGAUAGUUGUGAUUGAAAUAACUAGAAAAUUUCAUUGUCGUUCAUAGGAAAAGGCAUUAAGACAUGUCUAAUUCAGGUGGUCACAAAAGCUCAUAUAAUGUACGUGAGUGAAGUUCGCUCGCUCUAAUUCAUUUUUGUAGAACUUAUGUGGGAAAUAAUGAACAUUUCUAGGGGCAAGUGUAGUUGGAGAUGGGACAUGAAUCCCCGAGUAUUCUAGUUUGCUUUAAGCAAGCCUUAACCUUUUACUAUUUACCUAUCUUUUAAUGUUCCUUUCUGUCAGACUCCAGAUAUUGUUUGUAUAGCAGAGAGAAUUUUAAGCCCUGUUGAUUUGUUUUUCUGGAUUUCUGAGAUCAGAGGUAUAGUGACUUAACCAUGCUUUUGUGAGAAUUUCCUUUUCCUGUGAGUGAGUGAGACACAGACUGUGAGUGUAUGUGUGCAUGUGCCUUCUGCGAGGGCCCACAGCUUUAGUUUUAGUGUGUGCUGUUUGAAUUAUUCGUCCAUUCUCUCUUCAUCACAU